CCUGUCAACAAGAUGGCCUUCCUCUCCACGGAUGUUCUGAUUCCGAUUAUUUUGGUUGGUCAGAGAAUGUACCGUAAAGGCCAGCCUGUGUCAGCUCUGAAAAGGUAGCCAGAUGAACGAGGAAGAGUGUGAAACAGGCUUAGGAUCAGUACAGGUUGUGUACAAUCAAAAAACGGACAGUAGGCUUCGAGGUUAACAUUAGGUUGAUAUUAGAAAGUAAGUACUAUAUUCUGCAGAUAGCUACGUGGACACGUAACGCUAAAAGAUAACCCGAGUCACCUGCACCCCCAUCCUUGCUCAAUCGGGUUCCUCGGUCGGUUGUUGAAAGGAAAACGGGCCUAAGACGGGGUGACUUGCUAGUGCUGUCAUCCGCACUGUUGCAGGUCAAGAGUUUGCGGAUCUACAGAUUGUAUGCCCUCUUCCUGUGACGGUGCCUACUGGCUCGCACAGAGAGAAUGAGUGGCGUGGUGCACAGCAGAUGCCCAGCCUAGACGCCGCUGAUAUGCUUCCCUCCGACCCGUGAUGGACCGAGAUACCUUCUCCCACAUCCGACUGUGGUGCCCACGCCCCUUUGGCACCUACUCCCAGAACAAGCCCCGAAGCACGGGUACGGGGGGCAGUGGGGCAGCCCCCUCCCUCUGCAAGGCUGACACUGUGGGGCACACGUCGCUGGAGGCCGGGGGAGGCGUGGAUGGCCAGGAGGAGGAGGAUGCCGGGUCCGAGAACACUCCCCCAGACGCCGACCCGGCAUCGGCACCGCAGGCCCCCUCCACCCCUCCCGGCGCCACACAGAUGGAGGAUGGGAGGGUGCUGCUGGACACCUGGUACGUCAUCAAGCCGGGCAACACCAAGGAGAAGAUUGCCUUUUUCGUGGCCCACCAGUUCAGUGGGGUGGGCCUGCCUCGACCCAGCGCCAUAAAGGUGAAAGGGAACUGGGCCACGGACUGCACUAAGGCCAAGCGCAGGCGGCGCUGCUCCUCUUAUGACCCCCCUGCCCGGGCCCACGUUAUUUCCGCCCCCCCGCCCCCAGAGCCCUCCACCCUAGAGGACCUCCCCGGCGUGAGUGAGACUGACCUGCUGUCCGUGGCGGAGAUGGUGGCCCUCGUAGAGCAGCGUACAGCCGUGGCCUUGCAGGGCAUGGUGGCCCAGGGACAGACUGCCCCAGAAGACCCCGAGCACACACUCCUGCGGGGCACAGUCUCCGACCCCAGCCCCAUGGUGUUCCUGUCAGAGAGCCCUGACCCCCCACACCCCUCGCAUGGUACCCUGGAGGAGGAGGAGGAGCAGCAGGAGUCGCGGCGUGUGGCUCAGGUUGUAGCCCACUUUGAGUCCCAACAUCAACUCCUGGAGAACACAUUAAGGCCCGUGUCGGGCCUGGACUCUCCCAGGGAGAGGGAGCGGAGCGGGGACUCUGGCCGCGUCGGGCCCACCCACGGCCGAGGCGAAGUGAGGAUAGCCUUCCGGGUGUCCAGCCUGGAUCCUCGCUCGCAGUCGGAGCCCGCAGGCCGGCCCCGCUGCAUGUUCAUGAGCUGUGGGGGAGGAGGGGGGCAGGCGGGGGCCCGGGCCAACGAGAAGAUCACCUGUGAUCUCUACCAGCUGGUCAGCCCCUCGUCACUUGACCCCAGCCUCCUGCUGGCCGGCUCCCCAAAAGCUGACCCCCAUGCGGAGGGCCAUACGGACCGGCCAGCCUCCAGCAGCCCUGACCCCAGCCAGGAGCUCGGCUCUGGGGAGAAGAAGCCUGUGGCCCGGGAGAGGGUGACUGGCUUCCACGUGGAGGUGGUGGUCACGGGUGCUGUGGACCAGUGUGUGUUCUAUGGCAAGGACAGCACAGAGAAUGUGCAAGAGGAGACGGUGUGUUUCGCCAUGCCCAGUGGGGUCAGCCCUGCCGACGGCUCAGAGGACCCCCCUCCAGGCCAGCUGUUCUUCCUGCAGCCCCAGAGAGGGUCUGACGAGGACAGUGGCACCGGCAGCAGCAGUGGAAUGUGCUCUUUGGACUGCGCCAAUAACAACAAUCCUGCUGGGGAUGCUGCUGACCGGCCGGACUCCCCCCUGGCCGGCGUGGAGGACUGCUCGGACCCCUCCCUGUGCCGUCUCUACCGCCACGUCUCUCACGACUUCCUGGAGAUCCGCUUCCAGAUCCAACGGCUGCUGGAGCCUCGUCAGUACAUGCUGCUACUGCCCGACCACAUCAUGGUCAACAUCUUCAGCUACCUGCCCACCCGCUCGCUGGCCGCCCUCAAGUGCACCUGCUACGACUUCAAGGUUCUGAUUGAGACGUACGGUGUGCCCGCCACCGACUCGCGCUGGAACCAGGACCCGCUGUACCGCGACGACCCCUGCAAGCAGUGCAAGCGGCAGUACGAACGGGGCGACGUGUCUCUCUGCCGCUGGCACCCCAAACCUUACCACCACGACCUGCCUUAUGGACGCUCCUAUUGGAUGUGCUGCCGGCGCACGGACAAGGACACACCAGGCUGCUGCGUGGGGCUGCAUGACAACAACUGGGUACUGCAGCCCUGCGAGCUGGUGCAGACCCGUGCUAAGAGGGAGGACGGGAGGUAAAGGGGGCCCUUCCUGGGUCCCAGCACCCCUCUUACUCCCUCUAGACCCAUGUGAAAACUAGACACCUGAUGAGUGGGCCCAUGUUGGUGGUAUGGUAUGGUGCUCUGUGUGCAUGAGGCCUGAUGCUCAACGUUUCUGCCUAUUGGUCAACUGACAGUUACGUCCUAGCCAUGCUGUCAGUACUGGAGCUGACCCCAACCUUACUGACCAGAGGCCCAGCCACUGAGGACUAACUGGCUGGCUCACAGAGGGAGUCUGAAAGUUUUUAAAGGUCCAAUGCAGCUGUUUUUAUCUCAAUAUCAAAUCAUUUAUGGGUAACAAAUUACCUUACUGUGAUUGUGUUCAAUUAAAAUGGUUGGAAAGAAAAAAUAGCAUCUUGGCAAAGAGCAUUUUCUGAAACAAGAAUGUUUGCUUGGACUGUCUGGGUCUGGUUGGGGAGGGGAAAACCUCUGCCAGCAACAGCUAGCUCUCAGUUUUCAACUCUUUCUUAUUGCUCUAUUAACUAGUGAUGUCACCAGGCAGGCCAAAAAUCCAUCCCACCAAAACAGGCUGAAAUUUCAGGUGGCAUUUUCCAACAGCUCUUAGACUAAAAGGGCUUUAACUUACAUUUUCACAAUUGCACAGUAUAAUUCCAACCGCUGUGCAAAAAUGUAUAUAAAACACAGGAAAUCAUGUUUUUGACUGCACUGGGCCUUUAAUGAUUGAGACUUUUUUUAACAGUGGGGGCAAGGGAAGGCAAAUUGUCACUUUGCAAAGCUCUGGUGUCACUUUGUACAAUGGUUUUGACAGCUUGAUAUCAAUGCUUUUUUUUUGGUGUGUGAGCGAAUGUUUGCUGUUUUUUGAGGACUAUGUUCUCCCUCCCGCCUCUAUUUUCUUGCCCCUCCCUCCCCACUAACCCCCAGUCCCAACUCCCUGCUAGUCGGCAGAGGGCAGUCUUUGUGUCAAUGCGGGUGAAAAGAAACCCUGACCAUCUCUCUACACCAGCUUUCAGCCUUAACCCACUGGUCCCACUCACACUCCCUAAAUCUGCAAAACCUUGACAAAUACAGUAUAGAGAACUUUGUUCACUUGACCCCUCUGACCGGGUAUUGGGAGACCACUGUAGGUUUCAGAUGUACAAUGCUAAUGGGAAUAUGUGCUUCUCAAAUAAACAAAUGAUAA